AUGGAUCAAGCAUGGCUGGAAAUAAUUGAUAGAUUAAGUGUAGAAGAUGCAAUUCGAAUGAGAAGAACUUGUACAAAAAUAGAUAAUUUAGUCAGUAAAUCAUUGAAAUCGAAGAAACAUUUGGAUAUUGAAUUGGAUUGUCCUUCGGCUAUCCGAAAUUCAAAUGCAAUUGCUUCAGUUAUUGCUCAAUGCUCCCAUAAUCUACAAUCUCUGGAUCUCAAAAUCCGUCCAGCCAAUGCAAAAUAUGCCAUAGUUUCCAGUGACGUGGAAAUCAGACGAAGAAUAAUGCAGUCAAUAAAUGAAAAUUCAAAAAAGUUAAAACGACUUCACAUUGAUAGAUGUCGUAUCUCAGCAGGAGCAAUCGGAAGUUUCGGAGAUUUACCAGAUACUAUAGAGGAGAUAAGCAUCACGAAUUCAAUGAUUGAAUGUUCUGAAUGGGAUGUGGCAACUAUAAUCAGAAAGUCAUUUGCAACACUUUUCCAGAAAUGCACAAAGUUGAAAUAUUUCGAGAUUUCGGGAAGAAGUCUAAAUAACAGUCAUUUCCAUGUCGAUCCGUCAAUACUUCAAUACAUUUCAAAUUCAAUUGAACAUUUGGCGAUUGCUGUUGGAAACUCACUUCGAAUUGAUAAUUUAGCAUUUUUGAAAGACAAAAAAUUGAAAACCCUCAUUCUUCAACGAUCGUUUAUUUCUCCUUGUGAUUUGGAACACAUCGUUUCAAUGUCUGACUCAAUUACUCAUUUGGAUCUUUCCUAUUCUCCAAACCUCUUGGACUGCCAGAAAAUUGCAAAAUUAAAAAAUCUCAAACAUUUAUCCCUGAUCAACAAUCGAGAUGGAUUACGAGACGAUGCUCUUUCAUUAAUAAUUAGAGAAUGCUCAGAAAUCGAAGAACUUUCACUUGAUAAUUGUGAAUCUCUCACAAUUAAAUCAAUGAUUUUUCUCGGAAGUUUGAAAAAUUUGACGAAAUUAUCAUUGAGCGGAGUGAUAAAUGUCAAUGAUGCUAUCUGCCAACAAAUCUCAAAUUGCUCGAAAUUGAAGUUUUUGGAUAUCAAUUAUUGUUUAAAGAUCCAAACACGUGGUAUUCAGUGUCUUUUGUCAUGUCUCACUUCUCUAAUUCAUCUGGAAGUUCUCGGAAUUCGUGCAUAUUCUCAUCAACUUCUCACUCAAUUGGCCUAUUAUCCAAAGUCUAUAGUUUCUGAUUCAGUUCAUUCAUUUACUUUUUCAAUUCCUCCGAUUCCUCCAUCCUCUCUAGUCAAAUGA